UCGAGAGCGUGCAUGCGUGCGUUUGGUGGAGGCGAAGGUGCUGAUCGGCCGAGCACACGCGCGUCGCUCGGCCAGGGUAGGGUGUGCCCUGAGUACGCGCGGCGGCUGCUGCGACUCGCGGAUCGUGUGGCCGCGGUGCAAAAAGCAGAAAAGCCGGCCAGGGUCCCCACCAACGGCCGACAAACUCUAUAUCUGGCCGGCGCCUCGCAGCCCGACGCUCAGACUCGCUGCAGCCGCACAGCGACGCGAACCAGGGCAAAACUACCACUCAGGAUGGGUCUGCUGAUGUGGUGCGUAUUGGCCGUGGGCCUGGUGGGGGCACAUUGCGGACGGUGGCAGCCAAAGGCGCCGAGGCACGGAUUCCAGGGCAAGAGUAGCUCCGAUUCCGACCCCACGUACACGGAGGAGGAGGCUGUCAAGUUUUACGAAGACUACGACGCACAGGCCGCCCUCUUCCUCACCAAAGAGACCUUGGCACUUUGGGCCUAUGACUCCAACAUCACCGACCACAACCUCCAGCAGAAGCUGGCCGCAUCUGCCGAGACAGCCAAGUUCACGAAGGAAUCGUGGUCCAAGCUGAUCAAGUUCCCGUGGAAAGACUUCAAAGACCCCGAGCUGCGGCGCAAGUUCAAGCUGAGCUCUGUCUUGGGCAACGCGGCUUUGUCCGAAGAAGACUACAACAAGCUGCAGUCAAUCGUGGGCGAAAUGUCAGCCAUCUACAGCAAGGCCAAGAUUUGCAGCUACCAGGACAAGAACAAGUGCGACCUUAGCCUAGAGCCAGAGCUGACCGAGCUGUUGAUGAAGAGCAGGGACCCUGAAGAAUUGCGCCACAUUUGGAUCGAAUGGCGCCGAAACUCGGGUGAGAAGGUCAAGGAGCAGUACAAGGAGUACGUCGCCCUGAGCAACAAAGCGGCCAGGAUGAACAAUUUCGAUAACGCGGCUGCUCUGUGGUUGAAUAAUUACGAGUCGGACGAGUUCCGCGGCCAGAUCGGCGAGCUGUGGCACCAACUGAAGCCACUGUACCAGCAGUUGCACGCGUACGUGCGCCGCCACCUGCGUAUCAAAUACGGCGACGAGGUGGUCAAGGCCAAGGGGCCCAUUCCGGCCCACCUGCUGGGCAACAUGUGGUCCCAAACCUGGGGCAAUAUUGCUGACUUCAUGCUGCCCUACCCCGACAGGCAGUCCACGGACGUCACUCCCAACAUGAUCAAACAGGGUUACACUGCGGAGCGCAUGUUCAAGCUGUCAGAGGAGUUCUUCACGUCCCUCAACCUGUCCGCCAUGCCUGAAAUGUUCUGGGAUAAGUCCAUUCUGGAAAAGCCCACGGACGGCAGGGAACUGGUGUGCCACGCGUCAGCCUGGGACUUCUAUGACCGAAAAGACUUUAGAAUCAAGCAAUGCACCCGAAUCAACCAGGAGGAUCUCUACACCGCCCACCACGAAAUGGGCCACGUGCAAUAUUUCCUGCAGUACAAACACCAGCCAAUCGUAUUCAGAACGGGCGCCAACGACGGUUUCCACGAGGCCAUCGGCGACGUCAUGUCGCUCUCCGUCUCCACCCCUAAGCAUCUGAGGACCAUCGGUCUCUUGGAAGAGGAGUCGACAGAAAUGGACAAGAAGGCUUCUUACGAGGCCACGAUCAACUACUUGUUCACCACUGCGCUGGACAAAAUCGCUUUCCUGCCCUUCGCUUACGAACUGGACCUGUGGCGCUGGGACGUCUUUGAAGGAAAAACUACCCCUGAAAACUACAACUGCCACUUCUGGAAACUAGCUCACGAGUUCCAAGGAAUCGAACCGCCAGUUGACAGGACUGAGGAGGACUUCGACAUCGCGUCCAAGUACCAUAUCGUGGCCGACGUUCCUUACAUACGCUACUUCAUCAGCUUCGUGAUCCAGUUCCAGUUCCACAAGGGACUGUGCCAGGCCGCCGGACAGCUGGAAAAUAACGCACCGCUGCACGAAUGCGACAUUUACAAGAGCGCCACGGCUGGAAACCUGCUUGGCUCCAUGCUCCAGCUGGGAGCGUCCAAGCCUUGGCCGGACGCGAUGGAAGUCGUGACCGGACAGCGCAAAAUGGACGCAAGUGCCCUUCGCGAGUACUUUGCCCCUCUCGAAGAGUGGCUGCGCGCCGAGAACGAGAAAACCGGCGAGUUCAUCGGAUGGGACAAGACUGACAAAUAUUGCGUGCAGACUCGAGACGAGCUGAGAAAACUCGUCGAGCGGGAGUAGCGGCAGGAUCUGCUCUGAGCGAAUAAAAUCCCUCCUAAUUUAAAUGUACACAGUAACUAAUCCAUAAACGUACAAGAAUGCGUGUUUUAACUUCCAUCUCGAUGUAUUUGUUGUAUUUUGCUCAAUCAAUAAACGUGUAACUUGUAGGAAUGUCUCACA